UGUUGGUAUUUACAAUUAUGUCAAUGAAUUAUAUAGCAUUGCCAAAAUAAAAUAAGUAGGUAAUUGAAGAGUGUAAUAUAAUAAGCAUUGAAGAAUUACUUACAAAUGGAUAGCAAACCCGAUAUUUCUGAUAUAAAACAAGAAAAAACUCAAGUUAUUGUAGAAGAAAAUAAUGGAAAUUAUUUGGAUUUUGUUGUCCGUGUUAAGGUAGAAAAUGAUAUCGACUGGGACAGUAUACAAACCGUAUUGGGUCCAAACCAGUACCCGAAGAAUAGCUACUCUCAUAAAAACUAUGAGGAGUUAAUAAGGUAUGGCCCAAAUGAAAAGUACCAGGAGGAAAUAAACUCCAAGAAGUUUAAAGAAGAGAGUAUAAAUUACGAUGUGAUUUCUAAGGAAUUCGCCAUGCAGCCGAACGAAAUUUACGACAAUGAAAUAAGCUAUGAAGAAUUAAAAGAAGAGAGUGUGCAAACAUGUUUGUUAUGCAGGAAAUAUUUCUCUACUAGCUAUUCACUCCUUCGACACAACCUUAUUCAUUUAGAAGUGCCUUUGAUCAAACGUAAACUGUUUAUGUGCGAACACUGCCCUCAGUACUUUAAAAAAAAGAAAAGGCUGAAAAACCACAUUCUCAUCAAUCACUACAGGAAAUUUGUAUGCAGUAAUGAUGAAGCCCUUGUAACUAAACAAAAACGUAAAUGCUUAAUCUGCAACAAAACAUAUCCGUAUAAAACUUGGUUCGGUCAUAUGACAGAAGUGCAUUGUGCACGUAAGUUUAAAUGCGAAAAGUGUGGUUUAUUGUUUAAAGCUAAACGUUACCUAAAACGGCACAAGCUGCUUCAUGAAAAAGUUCAGAAGGAUGAUCCGAAAAAAACGAAUUGCCCUAAAUGUCCAGCUAUAUUGUAUUCCAAAUAUGCCUUGACGACACACCUUAGAAACUGCCACAGCGAUGAAAAAUUCACAUGUCAUAUAUGUAAAUCAACAUUGAAGUGUAGAUCAUAUUUGUUGGCACAUUUGAAACGUGUCCACCAUAACGAUGGGAAAUUACACCCGUGUGAGAUAUGCGGAAAGGAAUUCAAAUCACCGAGGUAUAUGCAGAUUCAUUUGAAAAAUUCUCAUAGGAAUUUCUCUUCAAAAGGAUAAAUUAUGUUAAUUUGUUAUAUUGUAUGCCAGAGUUAGUUUCCAUGUUAAAUCAGUUUUUCUGCACAGCAUGGGCAGGAUACAUUUAUAUCCCAGGGGAAAGAAUAAAAAUGUAUCUUCUCCCACAGCUUUAUUAACUCUCAAAUCCUAUCCAAAUAAUAUAUGUGUUAUAAUAAACGGGGGUAAACUACGCCUAUUCCAUAAUCCCGUGCUUUAGCAGGUGGACACGAUAAUUAUAUGCCUUGGAUAUAUAAUCGGGGAUAUAAUUUUUGUCUCCUGCCCGUUCUAGCCCUGCUGGACUAAAAAGUAACAGUUGAUCAGUGUUUAAAAAUUAAGUUUCUAUGAAGUAACAGAUCUAUUUUGAUAUUAAAAAAUUUGGUAACCCUAA